AAUUCUAUGUUUUCGUUCACGCAAAAAGAAUCCUUCCUUCUCUUUCCCUCUUCCUUCCCCAUCGAAUUCUGCCCCUUUGCAAGCUAAAGUUUCGUUCUGUAUUCCUUCUAACAUCUAAUUCGCCUCCAUCCAUCUUCAAAUUUCAGGUCUUUAUCUUCCCUUUGUUUGAUUUUCGGUUGUUUCAGCGCUGAAUUCUUACUGGGUAUUCACUAAAGGUUCCGAUUUUAGCUGUCUUUCAAUUGCAUCACGCUUUCUCGUGGCUGUUUGUUGUUGGGUAACAGGUUUUCCUAUCAGGUCCAUCGAUUGUGUUGGAGAUCUGUGAACCCCUACAUUGAGUUUAUUUGCUUUGCUGCUCUUGUUACUUGUUUCCUGCUGUUUAGUGAAGCGAAAGAUUACAGCCUUCUCCAGCUUAUGCUUUGUAGGUAUUUGAAUUCAUGAAAUUGGGCAUAAACAUUUAUGCAAUUUGGGGGAUGGACUGGCUGUUUUGGUCAACUGUCAAUAUUGGUGAAUGAUGUUCAGGGGACAAAAGGCUCUUGGCAUAUUUAAAUGGACAUGGCGUGGUGAAUCUUCCUUGGCGACAGGCUUGCUUAGUGAUGUGCCUCCUGAGAUUGAAUUGUCAGACUAUGGAAGGGUACCGAGUCCCGGCAGUGACUGUGAGAGCCCUUCGGGGCUGCUUAAUGGUGAGAGCUUAAGGUUGGAACCAAUUGCUGAUCUAGACCUCUUCUUUGAAAGGCUCUACAGCUACUAUUGUGAGAAAGGGCUUUGGUGCAUAAUUAUCAAGUGGAUGGUUGAGCUGCUUAGCCUGGGAUUUACAAUAUUUUUCUCCGGAUUUUUCUUAUUAUUUGUUGAUUGGAAUGGUCUACGUAAUGCAAAGUGUGGGAUGGAUGCAGUUAUGGAUGCAGUUGAAUCUGGAAUUAAACCAUGUGAUCUUGCUAAAGAAGCACUUCAUCAACAUCCGUUAACUCCUUUAACACUUUCAAAGUCUAUUAUUGUUGGAUAUUUGGGGCUACUUUCCAUUUAUUGGGUAUUCUGUUUUUUGAGGUUUUUUGCUCAAUUAAAGGAGACACUAGGAAUCCGUCACUUUUUCUACAACAGUCUCCAUGUAACUGACAAUGAAAUUCAAACCAUGCCAUGGGCAACAAUUCUUGAAAAGGUUGUUCAACUACAAAGUUCACAACAACUCUGUGUAGUUAAGGAUCUUUCUGCUCAUGAUGUGGUUAUGCGAUUGAUGCGGAAGGAGAAUUACUUAAUUGGAAUGAUUAACAAAGGAGUUAUUGCUUUUCCAAUUUCAAAGUGGGUUCCUGGUGCUGGUCCGACUGUCAAAUAUGGCCCAAAUGGAAGGCAGCAUCGCCUAAUACUGACAAAGACCCUUGAAUGGACCUUAAAUUGGUGUAUAUUACAGAGCAUGUUUGAUAGAAACUUCUGUGUAAAAAGGGAUUUCAUUUCUAAUCCUAGAACUUUGAAGAAGAGACUUAUGGUAGUUGGGAUUGCAAUGCUUCUGCUUUCUCCAUUUCUUGUUAUAUUCAUGCUAGUUUAUCUCUUCCUAAAGCAUGCUGAACAAUUUUAUAACCAUCCAAGCACAGCAUCAUCUCGAAGAUGGUCAAAUUUAUCAAAAUGGAUGUUCAGGGAAUUCAAUGAGGUUGACCAUUUAUUCAAGCACCGGAUCAAUAGCAGCGUAGUGUAUGCUUCCAAUUAUCUAAAGCAAUUCCCAUCACCUAUUAUUUCUAUUAUAGCUAAGUUCAUCUCUUUUGUGUCUGGUGGCUUUGCUGCUAUCCUGAUCAUCAUUGCAUUUCUGGAGGAAUCUCUGCUAGAGGGCCAUAUAUUUGGUCGCAAUCUCUUCUGGUAUGCUGCUGUUUUUGGAACCAUUACAGCUAUUAGCCGGGCUGCCAUAACAGAUGAGCUUCUCGUCCUUGAUCCUGAAGGAGCGAUGUCUAUGGUCGUUCAGCAUACACAUUAUAUGCCAAAGAGAUGGCGUGGUAAAGAAAAUACUGAGACAGUCAGGACAGAAUUUGAAACCAUAUUUCAGUAUACGGGAACAAUGUUACUAGAGGAGAUGGCCUCCAUUUUCCUCACUCCAUUUCUGCUUAUAUUUGUUGUCCCAGAGCGUGUAAAUGAUAUCUUGCAGUUCAUCACAGAUUUUACGGUGGAUAUUGAAGGUGUUGGUCAUGUUUGCAGUGUUAGUGCCUUUAAUUUCCAAAAUCAUGGCAACAGCAAUUAUGGGUCACCAUAUGGUACCCCUCAUGCUCAGAGAAGUUCUCAGGGGAAAAUGGAGAAAUCAUUCUUGAGUUUCCAAAGCACCUAUCCUUCAUGGGAACCAAAUGCUCAGGGGAAGCAAUUCCUUUUGAAUCUCAGAACUUUUAGGGAGAAAAAAUUUCAAGGCCAUGGAACUAGACAUAUCUAUUCUUCUCCUAGAUUGUGGCACCGUAGCCCGAUGAGGGCUUAUGGAGAUAGAAACAGCAUUUUCUCAAGGGACAUUCCGCUGAAUACCGGUUAUCAGAUGGGUUCUUUAUGGCUAAUUGAUGCAGAUCAAAAGAAUCACCCGUAUCUUCUUGAUUGGUAUUACACCUCUCGACUUCACAAUGCAACUGAUCAUACAAGAGACACAACGACAAUUCCCCUCGAAGAAACCGAGCAACAACCCAGGGAUUAUUGGGCACCAGCGCCAACCACCUUGAUGCCUAAAGAAGCGAGAUCUAAAGAACACUGGGGCAACCAUUAUGCUGAUCGCAACCAUUAUGCUGAUCGGUCACAGUCGCAUCUUGAGGCAUCUUCUUCAGCUCCUUUCUUCCAGGAGAGCGUACUAUGGCAUCAUGAUGCAAGUGAUCCAGCUCACCCUACUAAGAGCCAUUGGUGGGCAAGAAGAACCAGUCCUCAUGGUGCAUCACAACCCCAGGCAAGUUUCCUCGAGCCUCCAGAUUUCAACUUCUCUCCGCACAAUUACUACGAUGAUAAUUUCUCAGAGGGAAGCAUGGAAGAACCAGAACAAUUCUAUGAUUGGAGGGAUUCUCGGUUGUUGUCCCGGACCACCUAUAUAGAUGCUGAUCUUGAAGCUGGGGGGGAUGUUAACCUUCAUUUUGGUGAUAUUUAUACCAGACGUCCCGAAACUCCCACUGUAAAUUUAAAGCCCCCAAGUUUCGAUUAAUCAAUAAGACUAAGAAUCUUAGAAUGAGUUUCCAAAGGCUGGAAUAGAAAUUUUUAUGUUUUACAAGUGAAACUCUACUUUUUUGUUGCACAUAGAUUCAUUGGAAUUAGUUUCUACAAGUUGACAGCCUCCAUUGAGGCACCGUAAGCCUUAAAUGUAAAAACAUACUAUUGCAAGCUUAAAGGUGCGCGGUUGUAAUUAAGAUUGUAAUUGUAA